GUGAAACCGAGAGAAGAAAGAGAGGGGUGCAGUGCGUGUGCAACGCGUCGGAAGGGGCAACCACUCAGGAUGGGGGAGCCACGGACGUCGCUAUGGUCCCGACUGGUGGUGUUCUACUCUGUGAACAAGAGGGAUCAGCUCAACCCAAAGGUGAUGGCCGAGAUCGUGGCCAAGUACGGCUCGAAGGAGAAGGAGCUGUCCGCCCGCCUGCUCAAGAAGUACGGCCGGCCGCUCCCUGCAUCGGUCGCCUCGCAAGACCUGCGGCGAGUGUUGCUCGAGUUCGGCAUGGAAGACGAGGACCUUGCCAGAGGGAAACCUUCCGACCCUGACCGAAGGUCGUCGCCACUAUCGCCGAUAGGAACGAUGUCCACGACGGUAGCUGGAGCGGGUAGUGCAGGGACCGGGGUGGCGGGAAGAGAGGCUGCCGCUAGGGAGAACAAAGAGUUAGGGCGAGGGGAGGGGGCGGGGAGCUCGCCGACAGGGGACGAGCUGAACUUCCGGUCCAAGUUUUUCGACCCGCUUCAGGCCCUGCUGCACAAGACGCUCCGCCCGCCGUUUCCAAGAGAACCCGCCCUCGACAACCUCGCCAAGUUCUACCGCAUGCUGCCCAAACCUCCCACCAGCACCGGUCCGGCUGCCACCGCCGGAGGCGCUACGGCAACAGAAGCAGGCGCUUCCGCUGCUGUCGUGGGAGGUGCAGCAGAUUCCAGGAGCGGCGUUAGUUAUUUCGGCUCCGGUCACAGAGGCGGGGGGGCCGGGGUAGUACCACCACCCGCCGCAGCAGGCUCGCCCCGUGGUUCUCACCAGGCACGAAAGACGUGGCCCGCCUCAGGCGGCGGGAGAGGUCGGCACGGUCUGCUGGUCAGGUCUGCGGCAGACAUGGAGAGGGCGGACAAGGACAUGGCCUUGCGGCGCCGGCUGGCCGAGGGGGCUCUCGCCGGGGAUGCGGAAACCGACCCCGCCGACUCUGCCGGACGAUUCAACCCGGUCAAGCGUAUUGUUCAGGAGUACGCCGGAUCCGGCCCGUACAGCCUGCUGUACCGCCUACACGAGGAGAACAGACGAGCCAGCGUCAUGAUUCGGAGGGUGAACAGCAUCCGCGGCACCUGCACCGGGCUGAUAAGAGCGUUCGACAGGCACAUGAACCUGCUGCUGGUCGACGUGCGGGAGAACUACACCGCCUUCGUUCCGGCCCGCGGGCCGCGGCCGCCCCCGAAACUGCCGCCGCCGAAGCCUGCGGAAGAGGACCCGAUCGAUCGCGACGCAGCGGCGGCGUCCAAGGUCACCGGCUUCGAAGGCCUUGGCGGAGGUGGGUCGGGGGAGGGGGGUCACGCGGGAGCUAGUGGGGGUGCGGGGUCGCGUGAUGCACGGGGCCCCGAGGGCCUCGGCAAGGUAACGGCUGGAGCUGGUGGUGCUGGAGCGGCCGACGACGAUAAAUCUGUCGGCGUUUCUCCAGCGGAUGGCUCCGAACCAACAGGUGCGACGGCCUGGACCGUGACAGGCACGGGUGGCUUCAAAGGUGGAAGAAUAAGUGGAGAGGAUGGCGGCGACGGCGGCGGGAGUAGCGAAAGAAUCUAUCCUAGAGAUCCAAGAAUGGAUGUAGCGGCAGCCGCGGCGGCAUCCGGAGCGGCGACGGAGGAGGCCUGUUCGGACGAGACGAGGGAGGGCGGGGCUCGAACGGCGACGAGAAUGAAAUUGUUGCCGCAGGAAUGGGGAGUCCCCCGCGAACGGGAGGAGAAUGAUCCUACUGGAAGAACACCAGACGCCGAAGAAAAACGCCCCCGUCCCCCUCUUUCUACUGCGGGGAGACACGGGGGUGACGUCAACAGGGGGGGAGGCGGGGAGGGGGGGGCUACCGGCGAAAUACCCGCCGCGGAGGUGAGGAAGAAGAAGUCCACCAGACGAUCGCGUUCGAAAGGGCCUUGGACAGGCGAGCUGAAGCCGGUGGCGCGGCGAAGAUACUUGAAGCAGCUCUUGAUUCGAGGGGAUAACGUGGUUAUGAUUUGGGAAGCCCCCAAAUCGUGAGAGGAUUGCCGCCACCACUUGCUUUUUUGGGGAGACGCAAGGUUUAUAUCGGC